UUGUGACAUUCGGGUCAUCCGCUUCCUGCGGGAGAGGACCCUGGGCAACAGCCCGUCUCACUUGGUGAAGCAGCUGAGGGAGAACCACAGCGAGGAGUGGCUGCAGCGCCUCUGCCAGUACCUCGGGGCAUGCUCUGACUUUGUGGGCCGGCCCAGCCUGUUCCCUGUGGUGUUUCAGGACCCGCCUGAGCCUGUGGCCAUUCCCACCUAUAAGUGGAUGCUGGCGGUCUACGGGCGGGACAUCUUAAGCAGGCUGGAGCACAUCAAAGCCAGCAUUACAUCUACCUUUGGCUCCAUCCUGAAGAUGGACUCCACAAAGAAGAUCACCAGGAAGUUAUCGGGCAUUGCCAAGGAGACUGCCCUCUGGCUUUCCUCAGUUAGUAACGAGGUGGGUCAGAUCUUGAUCAGUGUCCUGACUGCUCAGGAAGGCUCUGGGCUGGACCUGAUGGUGGCUGACCUCAUCCGGAGGUACAGGGAAGCAGGUGUGGCUCCUCCAAAGCUCCUGUAUGUGGACUGUGGAUGCUGUAAGAAGGAUGGGGAGCAGACCAAGCUAAAAGCAUGAUUUGGUGGAUGGCCAGACGUUGUGGUCAAGCUGGACAUUUACCAUUUCAUGCGCCGGCUGGCAUCAGGAUGCACCAAGGAUGCCCAUCCCCUUUACCCCAUCUUCACGGCUCGCCUGUCCUGCUGCAUAUUUGAGUGGGAUGCAGGUGAUGUCGCCGGGUCAAGAGGGAGCAGCUGAAACGGGAGGGGGUUCCUGGCAUCACUGAUGGCCUUGUGAACCAGAACAUUAGGAAGAGUGAGUUGGUACUCUACUGCAGAAGGAGGACAAGAGGAGAGAAGGAGACCAUCUCAAUGAUUGACCUCCUUUUGCACAAGCUUAUGGGGGAGAAGGGCAGUGACUUCCUUGGUGUGCCACUCCUGGACAGGGAUAGGAUGGUGAACAUCUGGGAACAGCAGAGGAAGCAUGUAAAAUGCAUCCAGGAUGAGCCAGGUGUUCCUCUCUACACAGAGACAGGAUCAUCCACCAAGGAGGGCAUCAUCCUCACCACCUACAUGUGUGCCAGGGGCUCAACAUCACUGGAGUCCUUCCACUGCCACCUGGCCAGGUUCAUUCCAGGAACGAGUGCCAACAGUCUGAAUUUUCAGCUGUUCCUCCUGGAAGGCCUGAACAGAUGGAACCAGGACCGUGGUGCUGCGGCGCUGGCUGUCAAACCUCCCUCACUCCUCACCUACUCAGGGGACCUUGUGCACUGUGUCAACACCUUCAGUGUCAAAGUGCUUGGAAAGAAACUUGCCCCCUCCUUCCAACCCCCUGCAGUGUAUACUGGAGAGCUGAUAGGUAUUGACUACCUGUACCGCCAGACAGGAAGGGCAAUGCAGAAUGUUGACCCUGAAACAGAGGAGACGGAGCAACUGUUGGAGGAUGUGGCUGUUGAGGAGGAGCCAGAGGAUGAGGGUUUUGAUGAUGGCGGACAUGACCCCACAUUUGACAUUAUUCUGGGUAAAACCCUCAGCCAGUCUGGCCCCCCAGCUCUGACCACCAGCUUGCCUUCUGGCCCCACAGCUCCCACCACCAGCAUUACCUCUGCCCCCCUGCUCCAACCACCAGCAUUACCUCUGCCCCCUGCUCCAACCACCAGCAUGACCUCUGCCCCCCCUGCUCCAACCACCAGCAUUACCUCUGCCCCCCCUGCUCCAACCACCAGCAUGACCUCUGCCCCCCCUGCUCCAACCACCAGCAUGACCUCUGCCCCCCCUGCUCCAACCACCAGUAUUACCACUGCCCCCCCUGCUCCAACCACCACCAUGCCCUCUGCCCCCCCAGCUCCCACUGUAUCUGAGCAACUGUUGGCUGUUGAUGAGCAUAACAUACCAGGGAUGGACAGCCUGGCAGAGUACCUGGUUGGGCUGAGAAAUGAGACAGCCCUCACUCUCAGCAACCAGCAGACCAGCACCAUUUUGUCACUGUGGCAAAAUCUUCUGCCCUUUGACCAGCAGCGGGUGGUCUAUGCAGCUAGGUACCAGGAGAGGCUGAAGACGGGGUACUUCAGGUCUCCAAAAUAUAAAUUGGAAUUCACCCCCGGUGCGGAGAGCAUGAGGCGCUGCGUCCUGGGGUCAAGUGGAUCACCUGCACAGUGGCCCGACUGUUGUCGGCUUGUGGAGGCCAUCUUUGUCAGGCUCUGUCAGCUGCACAAGAGCCCAAAGAAAAAGGGAAAGGGCAGCCUGACAAGAUGGUCUCUCAUGCUGAAGGACUAUCGGAAGGUUAGGCAGCUGGUGAGGGAUAAUGGAACUCUAAUGAAGGACACCACUCUCCAGCUGUAUGAGGUCACCCAGACCACCCUCACACAGUGGCACAAUCGGAGAGUGAAGAGGCAGGAUUUGGCAGUACUUCUGCAGGGGGUCAACCUGCCUGCCUCUCUUCCUGUAGCCCCUGUGCCUCUGCCACCAGCUCUCUCAGCAGCGUGGACCUCAGCACACCUACUAUCUGCCCCAAUGCACAGCAGGACAGGCACUUUUAAAAAGAAAGAAUGCUGCGCCACACACUGCUGCUCCAGCCACUGUCCGGCCAAAGGCCUAUCGCCCCUGCUGGCCCUCUUCCCUCUCCACCCCCUGCCCCGAGGCCCUACAAUCGUCAGGUGGAACAUAAUAAAUGCAGCAAAUGCCAUCAGCCCUGCAACAAAGACAGUGGCCACAGGCAAUUUCAUGGAUACAUUUAUUGCCCCACUUUCGCAGGGAUGCCACUGGAGCAGUGGCUGGAAGAAAUGA